UGUUGCAUCAUUGUGUAUCGUCGAAUAUUAAUGUCGAUGGUAUGAUAUACAUAGAAUUCUCAUUCAAACAUCCAAUACAACGUAUGAGUUGAUGGCAUAUGUACAUACACAUACAUUGACAUUGUGUCCAACGACAUAAACAUCGACAACGACAACAACAAGCUUAUGAUCCAUACGAAAAAAGAACAAGAAUUUGAACAAGUGUUGAAACAAGAACCCCGAUUUACCUAUUAUUAUUAUUAUUCGGCCCAACAAACACAGGAACAAAGUAUCAAAUAUAAAAACAUAGACAUACAUACAAGUGCAACAACAACAGCAACGACGAUGACAACAAGACUUGUCAUUCUUGCAAAAAAAAAAAUUUGUAUCAACAUCUAUCAAACACUAAAACCAGCAUCAUUUUGACUACCAACCAUUAUCAUCAUAGUCAAUUUUAUUGUCUGUGUCGAACAACUUGUUCAACAUUCAUGUUCAACAUAAAUAUCGUUAUUUUAUUUUCUGGGCAAUUGUUUACAAAUAAACAUUUUCAUUUAGAAAAAAAAAUCUGUUCAAUUUUCAUGUUAUAACGCAUUGUCAUAAUUGUUGGUACAUGAAUCAUCAUUGAUCAUUGAUCAUUGUUGGUCAAUUAAAAAUCAAUCAAGAAUUUUUUUUGCACAAUUUUUUAAUGCCUAAUCAUUAAUUGAAAAUUCAAAUUGGUAAAGAAUAGAUUAAAAGAAAUGUCAACGACAUUUGGAUUGAGUUUUGUCUCAUCAUUAUUGGUUGGUAAUAAUGAUGAUCAAAAUCAAUUGAAUAGAACAUCAAUCAAUACUGUUGGACAUCAAUUGUCAUCAUCGUCAUCAACGAAUAGUAGUAAUAGUAAUAGUAGUAAUAGCAGUAUAAGAAGUAUGAGUUCAUCAUCAUCAUCAAUGAAAUUAGAACCAACAACAACAUCAGCUAUAAUCAUGCCUACUGGAUCAUCAAAUGGUAAUGGACAACAAUCGGUUGCUGUAUCGAGUUUAUUGACAGAAACAUCAGCAUCAAAUCGGAAUAUUUCAAGCUCACCAUCAAUACCGCCAUCAGCAUCAUCAGCAUCAUUAAGAUCACAACAACCAACAUCAUCAUCAUCAGCAACAACAUUGUCGACAAGCGUAGCCGCAUCAUCAUCGAAUAGUUCACCCACGUCAUUUAAACAAUCCAACUAUGAAACGACCAACAAUAGUACUCCUUCUAGACUAAUUGCCGGAUAUCCGAGACUACCGGGUUUGUAUAGUUCAACAUAUGCCUCGGCCAAUGAUCAAAGUUCAACAUUCUAUCAAACAAAUAGUGCUGCGGCUGCCGCCGCUGCUGCUGCAUCAUUCUAUCCAUCAUUGAGUACUCAUUAUGAAUUAGAUAAAAGCAACGGAAAUAGUUGGACGCCGUUGACAGCAGCUGCGGCUGCAUCACAAGCAGCAACUACACAAUACCAUACGCCUUAUGAUGCACAUCAUUCAUUCUAUGGUCCAUAUGGUAAUUGUUAUGGAGCCAUCGAUAGUGCUGCUCGACGAAAGAAUGCAACCAGAGAGACGACCAAUACAUUGAAAGCAUGGCUUUAUGAACAUCGAAAAAAUCCAUAUCCAACUAAAGGCGAAAAGAUUAUGUUGGCCAUCAUAACCAAAAUGACAUUGACACAGGUGUCAACAUGGUUUGCUAAUGCAAGAAGACGAUUGAAAAAAGAGAAUAAAAUGACAUGGGAACCAAAAAAUAAAACAAAUGAUUCACGUGACAAUGAUUCGGAUAAAGAUUCUCAAAAAAUUAUCGAUGAUGAUGAUGAUGAUAUGGUGGUUGGCGGUAUUGUCAAUAAUAAAAAUGUUGAUAACGGUAAUGGACUACGAAUCAAUAAAGAUCAAGAUGGACGACUAACAAACACUAACAACAACGGUAUUCUAAUCGGUCAAAAUACUAUGGCGGCAUCAAACAAUCAUCAUAAUCAUCACAAUCACAAUAAUCAUCAUCCUCAUCACCAUCAGCAUCAUCAUCAUUUGACCAAAGGUCAUUUACUAUCUAAUCAAAGUGGAAAUAAUGUUGUUGGUGGACAAUUAAGAUCACCACAACAGCCAACGGCAACUACAUUGAUUUCACCGCCACCGUCACAUUCAUCACAAACAUUUGGACUUACAAUGGUCGAAAGUGAUAACACGAUGGAUGGACAAAGGCCAAAAAUCUGGUCUUUGGCACAGACAGCGACAUCGGCUGAAGCAGCUUCAGCAGCAGCCGCUGCUGCUAGUCUUGCUGGACGUUUAUAUCAUCAUACAACAACAGCCGCUGAUUGGUCAACAGCAGCAGCCGCACAUUAUGCUGCCGCUCAACAAUUUCAAUCUGGACAGAAUUUUUCCGAUAAUCUAUCGUUGAUUAAUCCUUUGUCAGAACAUUAUCAUCAUCAUCAUCAUAAUCAUACUCAUUCUUCUCAUCAUCAAGUACCAACACAACAAUCAAUAACGGCAAAUAAUAACCAUCAAAACGUGCAAUCACCAUCACAUGCACCAAAUAGUGGCAAUCAUUUACAUCAUCAUUUUUAUUCACCACCACCACCACCACCUCUUCCGCCAGCUUCAUCAUCAUCAUCAAAACAAAAUGGAUGGAAUGAUGAAACAUCAUCAUCAAUGGUGAAUGGACCAUCAUCAAAUGUCAAUAAUAACAAUGUUGGAUUUAAUGGAUGUUCAUCGUUUCAUCUGGCCACAAGCAACAUACAAAUGCCACUUUAAAAAUAUAUUCAAGGUUCUUGAUGAUUAGUAUAACCUAGUUUGUAUUGAGAAUUUUUUUUUUUGGACUGAAUUACUUUUAUUAUGUGUUAGGUUUUUUGUGUGUAUACUUACAUUUACAUUCCAAGAAUAUUUUGUU